ACGGCAAUCCAGGCAUAAUUGACAUGAAAUGAUACCUAAGUAAACAAAGACCCGUGAUAGAAAGCAGCUGCCUAACCUGGGAUAAUUUUUGAUCAACCAACAACAGACCAAAUCACUGGUGAUAAAUCAUCGUUACCAAGAAACGCCUGCUUAACAUCUCGUUAUGGCGUCAAGGAAACCCAUCGUUCUCCGCGUAGGAGAGGACAUUAAGUACAAUCAUGAUUUUUAUAACAAUGUCUUUACUAAAAGAUUUGACGUGGUUGCAAACGAAGAGCCUGAUAGAGAGUCUUUCAUCAAAGCACUAAAAGAGAACAAAUAUGGCCAGUUCUCGGCAAUAUAUCGUCCACAUUUCCAGACGGGUGGUGAGAUGGGUCAAUGGGAUGAAGAACUCAUAUCACUUCUGCCACCCUCAGUCCGGAUCUUUGCGUCGGCUGGUGCAGGCUUUAAUUGGGCUGAUGUUGAUGCUCUUGGUCGCCGUCGCAUCUGGUACGCCAACGGCGCCGGCGCCAGCGAUGAAGCCGUCUCCGACACUGCUCUGUUCAUGAUCCUUUCUGUAUUCCGAAACUUCUGGCUUUCUCAGCGUGGUGCACGUACCUGUGAUCCAGCGGAGUUCCAAAGGAUGCACAAACUGAUCGCGACCAUCUCUUACAAUCCCCGAGGCCACAUUCUCGGUAUUGUCGGUCUUGGUAACAUCAGCAAAUUAGUGGCCCGCAAAGCAGGCUUGGCUCUGGGUAUGAAGAUUCACUAUUACGACGUGGUUCGUUCACCACCAGAAGUUGAGGAAGAGCUCCAAGCGACAUAUCAUUCAUCUCUCCACGAGCUAUUGGGCAUCGCCGAUUGUGUCACUCUACAUACCCCGCUCAACGCUCAUACUCAAGAUCUCAUCAACAAAGAAGCAUUCGCUGCGAUGAAAGAUGGUACAAGGCUUGUCAACACGGCUAGAGGUCAAAUUGUCAAUGAGGAUGCGCUGAUCGAAGCGCUGAAGAGUGGCAAGAUCUCAGCUGCCGGUUUAGAUGUUCAUUACCACGAACCUCAAGUCUCGAAGGAACUUGCAGCUAUGGAUAACGUCACACUAACUUGUCAUAAUGGAGGAGCAGCUAUUACGACUAGAAUUAAUUUUGAGCUAAUGGCUAUGGAAAAUAUUCUGAGGGUAGUGGAUGAGAAUGGGGAGUUUUGUGGCGAGCCGACUACGGCAGUGAACCGCGAGGCCUUUGAACGGGCUUCUUCAUAAGAUUGCCU